CACGGGUCGGCCGGUGCAGUGUCUCACCGGUCGGUCCAGUGUCCAGUGUCUCACGGGUUGGCCGCGGGGACUGAGCGGACCCUCGUGAUAGUUUCAACCUACUGGGUGUAGUCGUAAUCUGUCACUCGAUGAAGGACUAAUCUUACUGUAUUACAGUAAGAUUAGAUGUGCAUGCUAGGAUAUGUUGCACUGUAUCUGGAGGCGGUCACCAUCAAGAGCGUGGACGGAACACUCCUAUGGUAGGGUCGCUCGACAAGAAAGUACUUCGGGUAGUCAAAGCGGCUGCUUAUGCUGAUCGGUAGGUUACACUGCAGAAGUGAAAUCGGCGGGAGUCUGACGCAAGGCUCGUCUGUGCAUCGGUGACUGAUAGCAAGCGGGCGGGAUCAUGUCGUCGUCUGACGAUGAUGACGCGGAAGAAUUGCGUCGGUUGCGCGUGCGCGCAUCUGCGCGACAAAGGGAGAUGCUAGAUGCGGGAGGAGGAGGAGGAGGAGGGGUGUUUCGAGGCUUGAGCGGGUCGUCCCUGGAAACUUUGAGAGAGAAACAACGUCGACUGCAAGAGGCGACUGCUGUUACUUCGCACGUUUUUCAGCCACGUGAUUGCGGGGAUAGAGCAGUGCGCGGGAAUGCCCGCCGUCCUCCUCAGCUGUUCCCGAUUGGUGUGGAGAUUGCUGACGUGGAGCCGCCGCCAGCGGCGCAGUUGAACGCUGCUGACAACGGCGGCACGAAAGGAGUGGAGUCCUCUUCGAAGCUCUCAUACGUUGGAAAGAGGGGAGAGGAUCGGAAACUUGAUGGAAAGGAUGAUAAUGAUGAUGAUGGUGAUGAUGAUGAUGAUGAUGGCGCUGAUGAUGAUCAACGGCGGGGGAAGCAACAAGGAGGAGGCAGCUUUGAAUUCGAAGCCGUUGAUGAGGCCAAUUUACAGGAAGGGCUACGCAAGUAUUUCCCCCUAGCCUUCGGUCAGCAAGAGGGGAAGAGAACGCCUCUGGAGAAGAUCCACUCGCAAACGAGGCGGGAAUCUGGGAAAUCGGCAAAGGGACAAGCCACAUCGAUUGCAUUGGCGGGAUCCAGCGGUGAUGGCGACGUUGGCAGAGUGGGAGGGCAAGGAGGAGGAGGGUGGGAGAGGCGGAGGGAGAAGGAGAAGGAGAAGGAUGGAGGAGGGGUGUCCUCCUUGUUCAAGAUGAAAAGCCAGGAAGUGAAGGGCGCUGCUUACGAUGAACAGGAGGCGAGGAACGGGAUCAGGAGCGGCGGAUCAGCAGGGAGGCUGACGUCCCCAAGAUCUAUGUCGAAGAACCGUGAAAGGGAGGGAGGAGGAGAUGUAGAGGAUGCUAUGCCGCUUGUUUCCACGGGAAUGAGCGAGCGGCAUGAGGAAGAAGAUGACAGUGGUGGAGAUAUGGUUGGACUGCCGAGACCGCCUCCAUUGAGAUCCAUGCUGAAAGAGCAGAACCAGGAGGAAGAAGAAGAUGAGGGGGUCAUGAUUGGUCCGCCAAAACCCCCGCCAGCGAAAGCCGGGCAGGAGGAGGAGGAAGAGGAAGAGGAAGAAGAGGAUGAGGGUGCGAUGAUCGGCCCACCAAGGCCGCCGCCGGAAGCAUCGACGGGAAGGGACGAAGAUAUGGAGGACGGCGGAGAGGGGCCGGUGAUGAUUGGUCCAGCGAGGCCGCCGCCAGAAGGGCAGGAAGGUGAGAGUGACGACGACGAUGACGACGAUGACGACGAUGAGGAUGAUGAGGAUGACGAUGAUGAUGGAGAUGAAUAUAGAAUACCAAUGAGCAAUGAGAUUAUCCUUGGAGGGCAUUCCAAGAUCGUCUCUGCGAUUGCGGUGGAUCCUACGGGUUCCAGAGUCUUGACUGGCUCUUAUGAUUACGCAAUUAGGAUGUAUGAUUUCCAGGGGAUGGAUACACGGCUGAGAUCAUUUAGGCAACUUGUACCUAGCGACGGACACCAAGUGAGAGCACUGAGCUGGAGUCCCACAGCUGAUCGGUUUCUGGCGGUCACAGGAUCGUCUCAAGCGAAGAUCUACGAUCGUGAUGGACUGACGCUUGGCGAGUUCCUGAGAGGGGACAUGUACAUUCGAGACGCAAAGAACACCAAGGGACAUAUAAUUAGUCUGACAUCGGGAGAAUGGCACCCUAGGGAGAAGAAUACCGUGCUGACUUGUUCAGAGGAUGGUACAAUUAGGGUUUGGGAUCCGACUACAUUUAAGGCGGCGGGUCAGAAAAUGGUAAUCAAGCCGAGACUGUCUAGACCAGGCAGGGUGCCGAUCACCGCCUGCGGAUGGGGUAGGGAUGGGGAAUUAGUUGUGGGAGGGUUGUCGGAUGGCUCGCUGCAGCUGUGGAGCGUGAGAGGGAAAGGUGGGUGGGGAAGCCGGCCCGACUUCUAUCUGGAGAAAGGUCAUGAGCAGGGUGACGAUAUAUCCGGGGUGUGUUUUUCUGCAGAUGGGAACAUGCUUCUGUCCCGAGCCACGGACGACACGCUCAAGGCUUGGGAUCUGCGGCGCUUUAACUCACCCCUCAAGGUUUUUGACGACUUGCCAAACAGAUACGCCCAGACGAAUGUCUCAUUUAGCCCCGAUGAAAGGCUGAUUUUGACCGGGACCUCAUCUGUAAAGGGUCGGGAUCUCGGCGAUCAAGCAGCUGAGAGGAGCGGGAGAGGAGGAUAUGUGGCGGCGUUUGACAAGGAUCGUCUGGAAUUAGUGCGCAAGAUUGGGGUGAGCGGGGACUCCAGCGUGGUCAGGGUGGCGUGGCACCCUCGAUUGAAUCAGAUCUUCGUAGGUGCCGGAUCGAAGAAACAGGGGGGGACGCACGUGUUGUAUGACCCUACGCAGAGUGAGAGGGGUGCGCUGGUGUGCGUGGCGCGGGCCCCGCGGAAGAAAUCGGCGGAAGACUUCAUUGCACCACCGCUGGUCAUCCAUAACCCCCAUGCACUUCAACUGUUCCGCGAUGAACCCAGUCGGAAGCGACAGAGAGAGAAGGCGCGGAAAGAUCCCAUCAAAUCGCGGCGGCCCGAGCCACCGCUGCCGGGACCAGGACAUGGUGGCCGCGUGGGCGCGUCGAAGGGCAGCUUGUUGACCCAGUACUUGCUGCGGGAGGGAGGAUUAAUUAAGGAGACCUGGAUGGAGGAGGAUCCGAGGGAGGCGAUCCUGCGCCACGCGGAUGCCGCUAAGGAAGAGCCACUUAUUUUUGGAGCGGCUUAUUCCAGAACUCAACCUGAGCCUGUCUUCCAAAUGCCCGACGACGAAGAAGAAGAUGACAAAAAAUGAAGAUGAUGAGAAACGGGAAGUUGAUUUUUUUAAGGUGAUUUUCUCCCCUUUGGUGGAGCAGGAGCCGGCUUUGCAUAAUUCCAUAGUUAAUUAGAUUGACGAUCUAUUGAGUAGUUGGUUGAUAGGAAGCUAGGAAGAUUAGAUAGAUGGAUAGAUAGGUAGACGAAUGGUUUCGGACUUUAGAUAAGAUAGGUUAGGCAAGAUCAAAAGGUAGGUGAUCUGUAGGGGCUAGCACAGCUUGAAGAAAGGAUAGAUGAUUUUCUGUUUUGGCCAUUCCUGCAGUUGAUCUUGCUACCAAAUAUUCUAUGACAUGCAAUUUCAAUUGAUCUUCUGCGGCUCUUGUCUUUCUGUCCGUUUGGACUCAAGUACGAGAAUGUAAGACAGUU